AUUUUGUGGAAGCUGCCAAAGGUAUAUUUCAAAAUGAGCUUGCAGCAUUACGAAGAAGUUUGUCCCCAAAACCAUUACGUGAAAAUGUGCAGCAGAGCAAUAGUAGACCAUUGGAAGAAUAUACAAGCAUCAUCAGUGAGAGAGACCAGCUGAGAGCUGAGGUAGCUGCUCUGAAAGAGGAACUGAGGAAUCGUAAUCAGUCUAGCAAGAAUGUGGAAGAGCAGCUUUUGUUUGUCAGGAAGCAUGCUCAGGCAUCCAUAGAAGAGGUGAGGUCGCUGAAGAGUAAGCUUCAUUUGUCAGAGCAGGCUCAGACUAAAGCGCAGCAGACAGAACGAGAUUAUGAGGAGGUUGUAGCCAUGUUGGAGAAUGAAGUGUCUCAGCUUCGCUUACAGCUGUCUAAAUCGGAGGGUGUUCACAUGCACAAAAGACUGGCUGUGCUUGUCUGCCAGUUGAAGAAAGCAGAGUCUGGGAAGAAGACGUACGAAGUUGCAACAGAGAAGUUGAUCAGAUACGUUGAGCACUCACAGGAAGUCUUGGCUUCAUUGGCCAGUUCUUCAAGAACUACAGGGUCCGAUGGUGUGACCUCCAAGAUAAACAAGAAAAGAGCUUUACAUCAGUUGUCAACCGAAGGUGCAGAUGUCAUUAAGACAGUCAGGUCACUAAUGGAAACAGUCUCAUUGCCUUUUGGGUGGGAAGAAGCAUAUACAACUGAUGGAGUCAAGUAUUACAUCAA